AUGGUGGACUUUACGGAGUACGCUGCAGCGGCGCUGAAGCUUGUGCGACAUCAUGGGAAGCUGACGCCGACCCAAUGUGCCAAUAUUUUGAUGGGAAGGAAGACGAAAUUUGGUCAGAAAGGUCUCGAAAUGUGCCAUGGUAGACUAGCUGCCGAGGAUGCAUUGAAGGAAGAAAAUAUUAUUUAUCGUAGCAGUGGAAUAGCUAUACAGUAUCUUCGGCUUGGCCCUAAAGCUCAUUCGUUCCUUUCCGGUGAGUGCGGACUCGCGCUAGCUACGAUAAGCAAGGGCGAGAGCGGUCAAAAUACUUUAUCAACAGUAGAGAAGCUUCCCGGCGGGAUGAUAGCUCAGUCAACGAAACGGAAGGUCAGAUUCGCUGCUGCAAGCGAGCUAAAUGAUGAACGGGAUGAGGAGGGCGAAGUCUCCAAAUAUUUCCGGAAGAGCACAAAAUCGUAG